GUGAAGGGCCUUUCAGAUUGGGGAAAAUUAACAAUUCUUGAAAUUUUCUGUAAACUUUUGAAAAGAAACAAAUUAUAUUGCAAUUUUUUCGUUUAUGGUAACUGUGCAGCUGUGGAAAUUUCUAUCAUUAUAGCAUCUAUGUACAGAGCAAAGCAGGUAAAAGUGCAAUAAGUGAAUAUAGUGGUAAGAGAAAUUAAACAAAGAAAAAAUACCACUGCAACCGAAUAGACGAAAAAAACUUCAGACAGGUACUGCGGCAAGUAACGUAGCACCAGCAACGACAACAAUAAAAACAAAAAUCAGAAGUGCACCAUACAAAAAGGAAUCAUGGCAAAGGAAAACGAUCAGGUGCAACAUAAUAACAACAAUAGUAAUAGUAGUAACAGCAGCAACAAUAACGGCAUGGAUGCCCUUGCAGCAAGUGUGGGUGUCACGUCGACUUCGAAUCCAACAGAACCCCGAAUUGCUCUAAGCGAUUUUGAGAUGGAGGAUAGGACAGGUGAUAUUGUCAGUACGGGCGACAAGAGUACCGUAAACAGUGCAGGUGGCGAUUGGGUCGGUACUAGUUCCAGAAACAAUCACUUUCCGACUUCCACUACGAAUUUUAUGUGUGGCAAACUCAAUGACUUGGUAGCUGAUCUCUGUGUAAACGGCCCCAUAGAUGAUAGUGAUAACUAUGAUGGUUAUGGUGAUUACACGCAUAGCCGUUCAGAUAACAGUGGUGUAAACGCACAUGAAGAAACUGCAAUGUUACAGAAAAAUGUUACAUCAACUUGGGAGCCAGUAAGCAGCAGUAUAUCUAACCAACAUGUGUCUCAACCAUAUGUAGCGCCCACACAAAAUUCGUCUUCAUUUUCAUUUAAACAUUUCCUGAGCAGCGGGCCGCCCAUUACAGCACCUUCAAGUACAGUCACAGUCACUUCAUUGGAUACCACAGCUAGCAAUAACACAAAUGGUACACAAAACAAUAACACAUCCGCAUCUUGCAGUGGCAGUACAACGGUUCAAGCUUCAACUGGCGCCCGGCCAAAAGUUCCUCAGUCCGCGUCUCUCUCAAGUACGUCCAUAUCCUCACUAAUGACUGCUGGUAGCAGCAGUGGCUUAUCGACAACAAAUACUGGUGGCCAACAUGAUGGGGGGAAUUCUUUUAGCACAUCAGCCACAAAAAUGAAACGUUCUCCAAGAUUUUCCUCCUUCGACUCCCAAGCAAGUCUUGUGGAGUACGUAACAGUUGGCGCAGAUGAGGAAGCUAAUGGAGUCAGUAGCACGGGAAUAAGUGGCGUGAGAGGAGUAGGUGUUGGUGCAAAUGCAAGCUCUGGUUUUCGACUCAAUCCACAGCCUAGAGAUAUUUUAUCGACAACCUCACGCGUUAGUCGCGGUAUGGGCGAUGGCGGUACUGGCCCUGGAAGCAGUACAAACAACACGGGCGAAUACGGCCGUAACCAAUAUGUGCCUCGCUCUUACUCAAAUUAUGAAAUGCCCAUGUCGUCCUCAUCGGCAUCGCCACGUCGACGUACAGGUGCACCUAGUAGUGUGGGUGCCGGUGGUACUGGCGGCAUGAGGGAAGCACGUCCUACACGUCUUGCCUUAAAUACAAAUACGUCCAAAUCGAAAGGUAAUUUACCACUUAGUGAUUUGAAUAGCGGCGCUUGCGGCGGUGCUCCAGUGGGCACGGCGCCACCGGUUACCCGUCCACUACCUAGCAAUGCUGGUGAAUUCCCUGCGGCUGUUUUACCCGAUUUUGUGCAAGAUCACUGGCUUGACUCAUGGUAUGCGCACGAUAUGCAUCUCAAUUCCCCGCCAAACUCACCCAUACGUGAUUUUAGCAAUAUUGACGUGACCGGCGGUGCGAUUGGUGGCAAUGGUGGUGGUAGUGGAGGCCUUAAUGGCAGUGUAUGUGACGUGGCUGGCGGAAAUGGUGUAAGCGGUGGCAUAGGCAUUCCCGGGCCCUCGCAUGCAUAUGGUGGGGCGGGCGGUGGAGGUGCAACAGCUGAAGCCACCGCUAGUAAUGCAAAAAUGCUGCCAGAUUUCCUCUCUGAUGGGCCGAUAAUACACUCUUCACAGCGGUUGGCUGAUGUUGCUGUCGGCUUGCCGUCCAAUUCUAUCGGCUCACCAGAUGAUCCCCCGAUUACGUCGCAACUAUCGAGACUUCGAAUUGAAAACGAACGUUUGCAGAGGGAAUUAAAUGAUGCGCGCAUGGAAUUGAAUGAGCAAACGAGGCGCGCUAAUGAAUUGGAACGAAAGUUACAGACAUAUGAAUUAAAGCAGCAGCAACAACAACAACAACAACAAAUGCCUGAAGAGGUGGCUACAGCUGAAAGCGUUGAAGGCUUAGCAGAUAGAAGUAAACGUACGCGAACAACAACGGCAACAGCGGGAGCUGGGCCACAAAAUUACGUUAGGAAACUAAAACAGCAGGUGACGCAAUUAACGACUGAAUUGGAGGCAUUGCGUCGUGAAAAUGAGGCACUUCGAGAAGAGGGUGCUGUUGGCGGCUUCAAUGUAUCGCACUGUGAUCGUCCACGUCCAUUUGGAACGGACGCUGGUGGCGGCAAUGCGGCCGAUGGCGCAGGAAUGCGUGGUGCUGUGGGUAGACCGUUCAGAACACAACAAUUCUCGCGUGAUUUGCUGAGAGCUGCAUCAAAUGCGGAGGGUAACCUGAGGCAACUUCUCGCUGGUGUGGAUAAUUUACGGCAAAUGGCUGCUGAAAUUGAGAAUUCGGAAACACGCUUUGGCUGCGAUGUCAGUCCAGAUUUAUUUUCAGAUUUUCUAGACGAUUGUGAUGAUUACGAAGACUAUUCGGAUGGACCUACACUGUAAUCGUGUAUACAGAUUUGUUUUCGGACCUACACUAUAAACGUGUAUGCAGAUUUGUUUUGGUUGAAAAUUUUACUAUGAAAAAAGAAAAUUUAAAUAAAAAUAAAUACUUGCAUAUGUAAUAUUCGUUUGGCCACAAAUUCGAAUCGUUCAACUCAACUAUACAUUAUAUAAAAUAUAAUACAUAAUCAUUAAUGCCUAACUAUGAACUCUGCGGUUAACUUAAUGCAAAAGAGAAUUCAAAGAAAGAAGUUGCAAACACAAAACUCUGAUAAAAAGAGUAUAAAGAAACAAAAAUGUUCACUAAAUACUUACAUUAUAUAAAAUAUACACACAUAAAUACCCAAAAUUUGUUAUAAUACUGCUUCACUAUUUAUGCUAUAAUUUUUGCCCUUUGAUAAUUUCUCGAACACAACACUUCGCUGCUUAAAUUCAAUUCCAUUAAAAUUAUUAUUUUUUUUUGCUGCAAAAAAAAUAGGUUGAAAAAACAACUUACGUACGUACAUACAUACUUUAACGCGCAAACGAAUAUAUACACAAGGGAUAUUCAUAUUAACGAGUGUAACAGCUACAAUAACAACUAUUAAUUGCAUAAGAUUUAGAACGUUAAACAGGAAAGAAGAAAAUAGUGUUAAAAUGGGUUGUUAGAGCUAAAGUAGCGUAAAACAACUAAAUAUUGACUUGUAAAAUAAAGCAAAUAUCUACACAUACAUGCAUAUAUUAUCAGUUACAGCAACAACUGCACCGCUAAAACUCAAAUAUCAAUUAUUAUUUUUUUUUUUAGUGAAAAGCCGCUUUGUAUAAGUUCAUUGUUUUCUCCCAUUAAGCACUUCUAAAGUUCUAUUCAAUGAUAUAUGACACAGAAAAUUCAGAAUAUAUGUAAUUUGCACUGAUUUAGAAAAA